UUUUGGGUUAUGAGUCAUGUCAGUCAAGGAUCGGAGAUCGAUUGGCUGCCAGUGAAUUGUAUUGCUGAUCAAAUCUACUGCCCAAGCCCAUUUGGAAUCCCAACAAUUCACACUAAGCAUGCCUAGGCGGUACCGGAAGGAAUUGGCAAUCUUCGUCUGCAACUGGUGCUGAUUGAGUUAAUGGUAGAUAUCGAAUAGCGACUUAGGCACAAGCUUUCCGCCAACGAACGGCCAAAGAAAAUCCAGCUCCGUUCUAUUCAAUCUAAUAUUGUUGCUUAGAGCUGGCCAAUGGGCCAAUCCACAGCAUGUUGUCAAAUCUCCGAUCGUAUUAUGCCAAGUGAGCAGGGCAGGGGUCUGACAUCCUGAGCCAAUAGCGCUGGAUAUGGUGAUCUAAAAGAGACGGACUUAUGCACUAAAACUGCGCCGACUUUUGGUCGGAAGCACAGCCGGUUUCUUUCAACCUUCUUUAUAAUCCGCAAGCUUACAGGCAGCAAAAGUGAUGAACCGGCCACCCCGACAGAGGACGUAUACUCGUCGCUCCCGCACAGGAUGUCAAACCUGCAAAACCAGAAGGAUAAAAUGCGACGAGACGCUAGGAUCGUGCAAGAACUGCAGCUCGACGGGCCGGACAUGCGAUGGGUACGAGACGGCCCGCCUCCCGAUCGUCGCCAAAAAGGGCCAAUUCUAUACCCCGUCCAUUCACAUCAUCGAUAUCAACUUCCCCGGCAUGAGCUCCGAUGAGCGCCGGUGCAUCAACUUCUUCCAGACUCGCACCAUGCCCAUGCUGGUCAGCUUUUUCGAAUGGGAGGUCUGGCGGCGUCUCGCACUGCAGUUAAGUCAGGCCGAGCCAGCGGUCGGACAUGCCCUGGUCUCACUGAGUGCCAUGCAUGCAAGCUCCGAGACGAAUGGCAUGUCUCGAAGCCGGGCAUUCAAUCAUCGGACUCAACACCAUCGUUUCGCUAUCGAGCAAUACGGUCGCGCACUGUCCACCCUUCGCCGCCGUUUGACAUCACAGGAUCCACACGUUUCCGUGAUUGCACUCGUCUGCUGCGUUGUGUUCACCUACCUCGAAGUCCUCCAGGGCAACAACGAGAACGCCUGCGCCCAUCUCACCAAUGGACUCCAAAUCCUGUCCGGCGGCGAAAGGGGAGACGCCGCCCGCGCGAUCGUCCACGAUAAACUGCAAGACUACCACCACGCCGACCGGUCGCCGGCCAUGACGCCGCAAAUGGCCCUCCUAGCAGCCAUCGCGCACCUCGACAUUCAGAUCCAAGUGCACCGCUACGUAUCGCGCCAAAGAGACGCCAACAGGGUACGGGGCGACCACCAGCAGCCUCUGCGCUUCCGCACCCUGGACGAGGCCUGGCGCGAGCUCGACCCGAUCUCCGACAACGCCCUGAGCUACCUGACCCUCGUCCAGCGCGCCCUGCAAGACCCAACCCCGGACAUCUUCCCCAUCCUCAUCGCGCAGCGCAAGCUCGCGUUCCAACUCGAAGAGCACAUCGCCGCCUUCACCGAGCUAGCGACCACCCGACUGCCCUGCCCGACCCCCAAGCAAACCCGCUGCAUGAACCUGAUCCAGAUGCAGCACCGCAUCAUCCGAACCCACACCUACCGCGCGCUCCGACUGUCUGAGGACGUGUGGGCCGAAUUCGCCGCGGACCUCACGGAGGCCCUCGGAUUCGGCGCGGCCACGAUCGCCAGCCUCGAGGCCGAAUUCGGCCCGCGCAACCUCCCCACCCUCGUCAUGGACAUGGUCGUCAUCCUCCCGCUCACCUGGAUCGCCCUGAAAUGCCGCGACCUGCCGACCCGCCGCUGCGCCGUGCAGCUCCUCCGCCGCUGGCCCCAUUUCGAGGGCCCCCACCACACCAGCACCUUUGUCGCGCUCGUCGAGGGCGCCGUGGAGCUGGAGGAGGCCCGCCGCGAUCCGCGCACGGGGGUCAUUCCACCCGAGGCGCUGGUCGCUGAUGUCUCGGUCGUGCGGAAGGAGGGCGCCCCGCCCGUGUUGGGGUAUACCCUGGCCCAUCUGGGGGGACCGCACCUGGAGGUGCCGUUCCCGGUGGGUGCUGAGGGGGGUGUUUAG